AUGUCAGCGUGGGGCAAUGGCAGCUCCAACUUGUCCUACACCAGCUUCCUCCUGAUGGGCUUCCCGGGGCUGCAGGAGACCCGCACGCUCCUGCUGCUGCCCUUCCUCAGUCUCUACCUGGUGAUUGUCUCCUCCAAUGCCCCGGUGAUCCACACGGUGGCGGCCCAGCGGAGCCUGCACCAGCCCAUGUACCUGCUCAUCGCCCUGCUCCUGGCUGUCAACAUCUGUGCCGCCACCACCGUGGUGCCCCCCAUGCUGUUUAGCUUCUCCACCCGCUUCAACCGCAUCUCCCUGGCACGCUGCCUGGUCCAGAUGUUCUGCAUCUACUUCCUCAUUGUCUUUGACUGCAACAUCCUCCUGGUCAUGGCCCUGGACCGCUACGUUGCCAUCUGCAACCCACUCCGCUACCCAGAGAUAGUGACAGGCCAGUUGCUGGCCUGCCUGGUGGGGGUGGCAGCUGCCAGGAGCACAGGUAUCGUUGCUCCCGUGGUGGGGCUGGCCUCCCGGGCACACUUCUGCCGCUCAGAUGUGAUCCACCACUUUGCCUGUGAGCACAUGGCCCUGAUGAAGCUCUCCUGUGGGGACAUCUCCCUAAACAAGACUGUGGGGCUCACUGUCCGCAUCUUCAACAGAGUCCUGGACAUGCUGCUGCUUGGAGCCUCCUACUCCCGCAUCAUCCACGCUGCGUUCCGCAUUUCAUCGGGCAGAGCGCGUGCCAAGGCCCUCAACACCUGUGGCUCCCACCUGCUGGUCAUCUUCACCGUCUACUCCUCGACCAUGUCCUCAUCCAUCGUCUACCGUGUGGCCCGCACUGCCUCCCAGGACGUGCACAACUUGCUCAGCGCCUUCUACCUACUGCUCCCGUGUCUGAUCAACCCCAUCAUCUACGGGGCCAGGACCAAGGAAAUCAGGCAGCACCUGGGGAUUCUGUUCCAAAGGGCACAGCUGCAGGUCCCCACUGGAAAGGCCCAGUCCCUGCCCUCACACAGGGAACUUCCUGCCUGA